ACCACUACGAACAAUCGUCUUCAUCAUCUACGACUCGUCACCGCCUCUCACUAUAUAUUUGAUCUUAUCUGCUGCUUAGAGCAGUUCUGAACUGCAAGAUGGAGUCAGAGCUGACCCCCAAGUUCGCGCCCUUCAUUGGCAUGGCUGGCAUUGCAGGAGCUAUGAUCUUCGGCUGCGCAGGAGCUGCAUUUGGCACAGCAAAGUCGGGUAUUGGCAUUGCUGGUGUUGGAACCUUCCGGUCGGACCUCAUCAUGAAGUCCUUGAUCCCCGUCGUCAUGUCCGGUAUCAUCGCCGUAUAUGCCCUUGUCAUCGCAGUCCUUAUUGCAUCCGAUGUAAUGGCUCCUCCCGCAAAAUACUCAUUGUUUAGUGCAUUCAUGCAUCUUGCUGCAGGACUGUCGGUGGGCCUAAGUGGACUGGCUGCAGGAUACUCGAUAGGGAUUGUAGGCGACAUGGGAGUGCGAUCGUACAUGCAGCAGUCAAGAAUCUUUGUUGGCAUGGUACUGAUACUUAUUUUUGGCGAAGUUUUGGGUCUCUACGGGUUGAUCGUUGGACUUAUCCUGAACACGCGCGCCAGAGGUUGAGAAGUGUACGCUGGCGCGGGCAUCAUCAUUGCGAAGAGGACACAAUAGCAAUACUUGUACAAUACAUAAGAAGACUAUUUGGUGUAAUGUGCUGGGACAGCGCUCGAUCUGCGUGGGAUCCGUGGCGCUUCUGAGUUGACAGGCCGCAUGAUCGAUAUCGACGUUGAACAAAGCGGAAGACGUGUGUUCAUAUGUCAGAUCAAGCCUGCCUCGACCAUGUAUGUUGUUAAUGCCGGUACGUACGGACUUGGGAGUAGAGUACGUCUACGUGUAUAGUUGCUUGCUUCAGCGUGUCUCAUAUAUGUUAUGCUUGAGUGUAUGAUACAGACAAGGCCUGGUACGUCUCGUCGGAGAAUAGUGCACGGAUCAUACUCUCGCGAUGCACAGUGAAAUCGGGAACAGCAUAAUAUCCUUUUUGA